AUGUUAUCCCUACCGUCUAUUCGAGCUCAUCAGCUUCUGCAAUUAGUUUCGUUUCUCUUGGCCACUCUUGCUUAUACUGAAAAUUCCUGCCCACUACAGACUCCCUUAUACCCUCCACCGCGUGAUCAUGUCUCCAGACACGAUGUCAAGGCGGCUUCCAACAACCUCACCCAAGCGAUUGAAGCAGCCCUAACUACUGGUGCCACUGAUCUCGGCUCACUGCCUAUCAACACAACGACAUUCGCUAUCAAAGUAUUCUCCUCCCACACGGAGGACUCUAUCUAUGAAUACCUCUACACCUCACCAACGCACAACCCCAAAUCGGGUGAGGGUGUAGAGAAUACGACACUUGAUAGUGUUUAUCGGGUGGCAAGCAUUUCGAAACUCCUCACGGUAUUAACCCUGCUGGCACAUGACGGAUAUACUCACUGGAACCAUCCAAUCACGGAUUUUAUCCCAGAGCUGGACGCAAUACCUCGUAGUCAAAAUUCCCGGAUUCGAUGGCGAGAUAUCACGAUCGGUGAUUUGGCUGCACAGCUGAGUGGUGUGCCCCAUGAUUACGGAUUUGAGGAUCUCGCCGGUAAAUAUAGUAACGAGGAAAUGAUGGCCAUGGGGCUUCCUGCAGUUCCAGCGAAGGAUAUCCCAACAUGCAAUCAGGGCGAAGGUCUAAAUGGGGGUAAUCCGUGCGACAGAGAAGCCUUCCUCCGUGGCAUCGUCAGUGAAGAUCCGACGUUUGCUCCUGGCACCACGCCCGCAUAUUCCAAUGCAGCUUACCAGCUUUUGCGCUACGCGAUGGAGAACAUCACCGGAAUCGAAUUCCCGUCUAUGUUCGAUAACAGCAUAGUGAAACCGCUCAAUCUCAACUCCACAAGCCUUCUCACCCCAAAGAAUGAUAACACUGGUAUCAUCCCGGUCAACGCGACGGCCAGCCUGUGGGAUUUUAAUCUGGGUGACGGUGACGCCUUUGGGGGUGCAUACUCCAGUGCCAACGAUCUUGCCGUCAUUGGUCGUUCCAUUCUGCAAUCCCACUCUGGCUCCUCAGCAUUGAAUCUCUCGGCAACCCUGACCCGCCACUGGCUCAAACCGCUGAGCCAUACCACCAGCUUUAGAACAUCCGUAGGGGCGCCGUGGGAAAUAUUCCGCUACGAGCUGCCGAACCGACCUAACCACGUCAUUGACGUCUACUCCAAGUCAGGAAAUCUAGGAGCAUACGCCGAUAUCAUUGCGCUCAUUCCAGAGUAUGAAAUUGGUUUUUCGAUCACAGCCGCUGACCUCCCGACGAACCCGCUGAUGAAUGUAUGGGGGCUAGCAGACCUAGUCAUUGACCGGCUCACUCCUGCGUUUGACAAGGCCGCUCGCCAAGAAGCAAACAGCACCUAUGCAGGCACAUACCAGGGCCCAGGGGGUAAUUCCACAGCUGAUUCGUAUGUCACCAUUACCACGGAUCACGACAAGCCCGGUCUCCAGGUAACUGAAUGGGUGAGCAAUGGCAUCGACUUUCUUCAGUCUCUGGCAGGUCUUUCGGGGUUUGAAGGGCUAGCCGUCACGUUAUAUCCCACUGGUAUUGAGGAGAGCGUACAUGGCGACAGAGUGAAACACGUGUUUUUCCGCAGUGUAUUUGACUACGAUACGUCUGGAUCGUCAAAGGGUCUUAUCUCGGCUUGUCAGUCUUGGCUGAACGUCGAUGGCUCUCGAGUUGGCAACAUUGGCGUUGAUGAAUGGGUGUUUACCGUUGAGAAAGGUCAGGCAACCAUUGCUGAGCCUCGACUAUUGAGAAAAGAGUUGCGCCGAGCAUAG